CAUUUGUAAUAGUAAUAAUAAUAGUUAUUAUGACCUUUUUCGCCGCCCCGUCAAAAACGAUAUAGGUGGUCUGGUCGCGACAUUUUCAAUGUCACGUUUGUUGUGUGUGAAAGCUAACUGUGCUUCAACCGACACUUUAACAUAUUAAACAUGUUUAAAUUCAAUUGUAUACUAGUCAGCUCUGUGAGUACCGUCUGCCGGCAGCUGUCUGCCUCCUUGAAUGCAAACGGGAGCUCUCUAUGUUGGAGCGGUGUGUUGCAGCGGACAUUAUGUAGCAGUGCUGUCCAGAAGCCCGACGAGAAAACCUCCAAAGACUUCAGCCAUUUCCCUCCACUGCCUGGUCAGGAAAGUUCACUGAGCUGGGGUGGAAAGAAGUUUGAAGAGUUGCCAGUUGUUCACAUUAAAGCCACAUACAACAACACACACAUCCAGCUGACAGACAGCGCAGGAGAGUCGAUGGUCAGGACGUCCUGUGGAACAGAAGGCUUCAAGAAUAUCAAGAAGUCGACACCCGUCGCUGCUCAGACGGCCGGCAUCUCUGCUGCUGCGAAAGCCACAGCAAAGGGUGUGACGUUUGUCCGUGUUGUGGUCAAAGGUCUUGGUCCUGGACGUCUGUCUGCAAUCAAAGGCUUGACGAUGGGAGGCCUGGAGGUGGUAUCGAUCACUGACAACACCCCUGUGCCGCACAAUGGCUGCCGACCACGCAAAGCCAGAAGGACAUGACCUCCAGGAACUAGAGUACACUGCAAAAGGAGGAGGGCUUUAUGUUGUGAUAUGCUAAUAAAGUGUUUUGUUGUA